GGGGAUGGAGUGGAAGGGGUGAGCGGGAGAGGGGGCGAGAAGGCGGGGGGAGACGGGGGAGGCCGUGCCGAGCCGUGCCGAGCCGAGCCGAGCUGUGCCAGUGAGAGCAGCAGGAUGCUGCCGUGCCCCCGGCGGCGCUGAGAGCGGGCGCCGCGAUGGGCUGCGGGGGCAGCCGGGCAGACGCCAUCGAGCCUCGGUACUACGAGAGCUGGACGAGGGAGACCGAGUCCACCUGGCUGACCUACACCGACUCCGAGAGCCCCCCGCAGGAGCCCGGCGGCGCCGAGGCCGGAGGGAGGGAGCAAGGCGCGGGGCGCACCGGUAUUCUGGAGGAUGGAAAAUCAGCUCAGACGGGUGUAAGCACAACGUCAGCCACAGCAGGGAUUCUGAACGCCGAGAAGAGGACCAUUGGCGGUCCCCAGUGCACAAACCCCACGGUUCACCCCACUGGAGCUGUGCCACAGCGGCAGAGCGGCUUCCGAGCAGCAGAGGGUAAACGGGACACACAGAAAAUGCCCACAAAAGAAGUCACCAUUAAUGUUACAAAAAACAUCAGACAAAGCGACAGAAGGAUAACAAAGAAUUGUGUCAAUUAACAAAGUAAAAUGAAAGUGAGAAUGGACCUGAUAAUACUUCGCUGCACUUUAAACGUGAUCAGUCACUGAAGAUUUGAAGAACUCAAGAUGAUCUGUGUCGGAUGCAGUAGGCAGCUGCUGCUGAGUGCCUUCAGAAACAUGUUUUGUAGAAAACAUCUGCAGACACUGUAGGAUGUCCUUUGUCUAAAGCAGUGGCGCCACGCAGACAAACACCUAAAUCUGUGCCGCUUGUUUUUUACUAAGUGCUAUGUUAUCUAUUUGUGUAUGUCUUGUUCUGCAUUGCUAUUGGGAUGAGACUGCGUGAUGAGAGGCAUUGUUCAUCUCAAUUUAAAACAGCAAAUGAAGAAAAUGAAACUGCAUUUUUAGACAUAAGGGGUUCAAGUGUGUUAAUUCAAAUCUACAGAGUUCAUUUAAAGAGCUCACUUUCAUAAAAUUCAAACCCAGAUAUCUCGGAAAGAGACACAUAGGUGGCUUCCAUUAAAUCUCUUUUAAACUAUACAUAUCAGUAAUAUAAAGUUAAGUCAUAUAGCAAUCUUUUUAUAUAUUAAACUUUCAAUUACUUAAUUUUAAUUUAUUUUCUAUAUUGACAGAAUUUAGGACUUAAAAACAAUAACUUUCAUAUUAAUCAGACACCUGAAGUUCCUAGUUUGAGCUAGCAAGUAGAGUUCUGGCUAUUUUGGAUUUUCAGACGAGCCCCUUUAAUUAUGUUGAGACCCAGACUAAAUUCAUUAGACUCUGGGCAAAUAGUAAACACUAACAUUACAUGAAAAUAACCAUAACUCUUAAAAGAAUAUUCUGCCAAUGGCAGCUCAAAAAAUUAACUCCAUUCAAUCAGUUGUAGUUGAUUUGGUGUGCAGAAUGUAUUUAGUUACAUUGUAUGCCUCCUGUGUCAUAGUAAUCCAUGUUUAUCAGAAAUAUACAACUAAAAGGAAUGUAAAUUUUCAGUAUAGUGAAGACCAGGAAUUAAUUCAAUAUAUUACUUCUCAGUAUAGAAAUAAUAAUACAUAUUCUCUGUGAAUUUGUAUUUUUAUGAAGAUAGAACAGGUAAAUUUAUUUGCCUCCCCCACCAAACAUGUAUGGAUAUCCUUAGAAGGUCAUUUGAAACAACUACUCAAAAGUUGUUCAUAACAAACAGAUGGCACUGGAAAGAAAAUCCAUGUAUGAAAUGCAAGUAAUCUUUUUUUUUUUUGCAAUUGGGCAAAUCAUUAUAAAUAGAACUGUGGGACUGAAUCCUAAUUUGUUCCAUAUUAUGAUCAUUUUAAUGACUUGCUGCUAGGUAUAUGAGUACUUAACACCUUCCGUGGAGUACAACACGUCUAUGCAAUAGGGAAUUGUUUAUUAAUUAUUCCAACACAAAGGCAAAGUAAAAUCCAGAAUCAGUAAGAGAUUUUUGCAUACAAUAGAAUAUGUAUUUAUAAGAAAUAUUUAUU